UAUGACUAGCCAUUCCGUGAGUGAAACACAAGCUAAGUUCAUUCAUAGCCGAAUCGAUAAUGUUGAGCAUCACUUUGGUCUCAUGUGCGAAAGCUUUGCUAGGACAGCAAGAAAAAAUGCCAAGUGUCGAGACGCCGUGGAUGAUCUUGCCAGAACUAUCGUGGCAUACGCUGAUACGGAAACCUUGAACCGUACCAUGAGAGCUCAAGUUACGCACUUAGCUGAUACAUUAUGUGGCAUCGCGGACUUGCAACAGGCUUUGGUCCAAAGAAUAGAAAUGAGAGUAGUUGGCGGCCUUUCAGCGUAUGAAGAGGCAUGCAAACACGCCCGAAGUGACUUGACGUCAUCGUUCAAGGCUCAAGGUAGGGAGGCCAAAACAGGUCGAAAACUUGAUUCAGUUCGGGAGAGGGCUCCAGAUGAUCUAAGACAAGUUUCUGUCGCCGAGGCACAGCUUCAAAGGGCAGUAUUUGAUGUGGCCAGAACACAUGCAGCCUUAGAAGAAAGCAUGGAGUACUUUGAAAUGAAAAAGCUCCGUGACCUGAGGAGAAUUCUUCUGGAGUUUUGUCACUCGCAGUUGACUUUUCAUGGACGGAGCCUCGAAAUGUUUACACGCUCAUACAACCUAGUGGAAGAAAUUCAGAUAGAAGCAGACGUAGAGGAGUUCAAAAAGGCUUUGAUGUUUCCUUCAGGGAAUUUGCAAUAUCGAACACCAGAAAUGAUAAGUCGAAGCAUGACAAAUUUCAGCCAGAUGCCGAUGGGAAGACCUGUUGGUGUAGCCACAAGCAUGGGAAGGAUGGGCAAUCUAUACAACCAAGGCCCUUUAUCGCCUAGCGGAUAUGCGCCUAUGGGUCCCGCCUACAGUGCCCAAGCGCCAAGAUGGCAGAUGUAA